CUCAAAUCGAGCCGAACGAGGACAGUUGCACGCGGCUUGACGGAGGCGCGCGCUGCCAUGGCAUCGCCAGCGCUUCAGGUUCCGCCCAUGCCUGGACAUGGCUGCCAUGAUCCUUGCCUAGCCGCCGCCGCAACCGAAGACGACGACAAGAACGUCUCGUUUCUACCCGAUGACGUCAUCUCCGAGAUCCUCUCGUGGCUGCCGGCCAAGUCCCUGUGCCGAACCGGGUGCGUGUCCAAGAAGUGGCGCGCCCUCAUCUCCAACCCGGCCUUCGUCGCCGCGCACAGUUCCCGCGCUGAGCCGCUCCUCGUCGCCAUGACCCGCGCCUCCACCGGAGUGCUGCUGCAGCUGAUGGACACGGAGGGCAAUGUGGUGCGGGUGGGGGAGGCCCGAGGCUGGUUCCGGAGUUUCUGCCUGAGCUACGAUGGCCUCGCCUGUCUAACCUUCUCCCACAAAUGUUCCCACAACCAGCUGAUUGAUCUAGCCGCCGCGGAGAAGCUCAUGACUUGCAACACACCGGCCGAGUUUGCCGAUGGGUGGAUAGACAGGUGCACCGGCGUCGGACGCUCCGCCAAGACCGGCGCGCCAAAGAUCUUGGGCGUCGUCCUUGAGUCGACGAUAACCGGCCUCUACCACUGCGUGGUUCUCACGGCAGGUGAAGGGGCCCAAUGGAGGCCGACGCAGCCGCCACCGUACGCGAUCUCUGCCGUCUACGACGGUUACAGCGAAGCAGUCACCUUCAACGGUUGCGUGCACUUCUUGUCCCUGGACGAGGACGGCGUGCUCGUGCUGUGCUUCGACCUCGAGACAGAGCAGUGGAAGGUGAUCCAAGGGCCACCGGAGGUUUCCAGCCACGCGGCGGGGGAGAAGAUCAGCAUGGCGGAGCUCAACGGAUCCGUGUGCGUCGUUCAAAAGACGCCGAACGUGGUCUGUAUGUGGCUCUUGACUGACCCUAGCGGGGUGACCUGGAUCAAGGCUUACGCAAUUCAGAUGGGUUAUACGCCGAUCCACUUCCUGAUGCCGUUGAGAAUGAUGCAUCCUAGUGGGAGGCUGCUCUUCUGCCAUUACUAUGACGAUUCGACCAUGGUGCCGGAGCUACAAAUAUAUGAUCCUCGUUCCGGGGGAUGCACACAUGUGAUGAACGCGCCGACCAAACUCAUCGGCAAAAUCAGAGUUUGCAGCUCGCACAUAGAUCCUAGAUUUUGAAAGGAAAAAAAACCAUAUUUCCGGUUCGGUUUUUUCGUUCGGUUUUUUUCUG